GUUUUCGUCAGCGACGUCAGCGUCAGAUUUUGAUUUUGCUUGCCUGCCGUUGCCGUUUUGUUUUGUUGACGUUGUCGGUCAGCGGUUGUUUGCGGAUUUGGACUCGUUUUCAAGUAGAGAUGGCAAAGUAUUACAACGGUAUUUAAUAAAAUAUCCUAAGAAGAAUUAAUAUGAAUAGAUUAAUGAAACAGCUUUAGAAACCGGUAGGAACUAAUCAAGCACUAUGCAACUAUCAGAUUUCGAGAAUAUUGUAAGCAGUCUUGCUGUUAUUACGACCGUUUUGCAGUUUUUAUCUGGCGCCCUUGUGUGCAAACAAUAUGUUGUUAACAAAACGACUGCCGAGACUUCGUCACUGCCUUUUGUUUGCGGAAUGCUAUGCGGCUGCCUGUGGUUUCUCUAUGGAAUAAUAAAUCGCGAUAACAUAAUAGUUUUAGUCAAUACAAUAGGAGUAACGUUGAUGAUAUCAUACACAGCAGUAUUUUACAUUUAUACAUUUAAAAAAUCAACUGUUUUAAAACAAGUUUUUGGUACAGUUGUGUUUGUGAUACUUAUAUUAGUUUACUUUUUUUUAGAAGUGAAUGAUCAAGCACUGUUUGAUACAUUAGGACUAUUGGCUUGUUCCUUUACCAUAAUAACAAUAGCAGCCCCUUUGAGUAAACUGCAGUAUGUAUUAAGAGUAAAGAGCACGGAAUGUCUGCCAUUUCCUAUGAUACUGAUGUCCUUCUUUGUAUCUCUGCUGUGGUUUCUCUAUGGUACAAUAAAGGAUGACCACUUUUUAUGGAUGACAAACCUAGUGGGUGCUGCUCUGGCUGUGAUUCAAUUAUCUUUGUUUGUUAUAUAUCCAAACAAAUCACAAUCGCCAAGCUUAAUAAAAAAUAUAAUAGCCUAAUUUAACAAAAUUGUUGGUUGUGUGAACAUAGAUAAUAUUUAUUUUUAGUUUUAAUGUAAAUUAUGAGCUUCACCUUAAAUCUGGUCUUAGAGAUCUGAAAACAAUCAAUUUAUGGAUAUCAAUAUUCUUAGAAAAGUAUCCAUAACUAGAUGGUAUAUUAAAAUGCAAAGUAUUUUUUAACAAAAUUAUUUAAUUUAUGAUUUGAUGCAGAUUAUUAUUAAUAUGAAUUUAAACAUUCAAAAGACUAGGACUAAUAAAGACUAAUAUAAUAUUUUGAAAAUAAUAGAAGAUCUGAUCUCAUUAUUUGUAUUUAUGCAUAAAUUGCCAUGACUUCUGUGCCAGUAUCAUUAAACAAUCAGUAUUUUAUUAUAUCAUCAAAUGAUUUUAUAAUGUAUGUACAAAUUAAUGUACGGUUGUCAUAAAAGUUAAACUAUAAUUGAAAAUAAUUAAUAUAAAUACACAUACAGUCCUUUCAGAUGAAGUAACAGUCUUUUCACACGGCAGUCCAGUUUUUUGCAGGAUCCCGUUUUCUGUAGGAUCCCGUUUGAUCGCAAAAGAUAUUAUAUGCCAUUGUUUACGCGAGCACACCGCAUGCAGGAUCCUCCAAACUGCUGAUCCCGCCGAUAUGUGCAGUUCAGUUUUGCCACCGGAAGCUGGAUCCUUCGUCCAGUAAACAGCGGGAUCCCGUUUAAUGACACAUAUACACUCAGCGGCACGGAAUUUGGCCCAAACAAACACAAGUAGAUAUCAGCCCAGAUAGCUGUUGUAAAUUCUAAUUUCAUAUGACAUAUUGUCAGUCCUUUCGUAAUUGUUAAUUAAAAUACAGAAAAAUGUGUGUCUGUUUAACUUUUAUAACACUAGAAACAGUUUCCGUUAUUGGAACACAAAGCAGAAAGUUAAGUUUAAAUUCAGAUAGAAAUUGCCGAAGUACUAAGCACGUUCCAAAAAAAAAAAAAUGUUGGUGAUCGUUUUUUGUUUCUCUUUUUUUCACAAUUUGAUCUGAAAAUUACCCUUACUGCAGCUCAAGUUGCUCAAGUAGUGUUGCUAAGACGUCAAGGGCGUACACAGCGGAAGAUGGUUGAAACUUUAAGUGCACCGCGUACAAGUUAAAGAUAUGCAUAGAAAAUGUUUGACCAGACUGGCCUUUACACAAGAAGACCAAAAAGUGGGGUGUAAGGUGUUCGUCGGCGCACGACGACCGAUUUAUCGUACGUGCAAAAAUGAAAAAUCGGUUUCUCACCGCGUUAGAGAUACGCCAGCCUUUGCAAACAGCAAGAGAAGUCAACGUCCGUAAGUGCACAAUAAGAAGAAGGAUGGAGGAACGGGAUCUGCGUGCUUGGAGACCAGCUCUAGGCCCGGAACUUCUCCCGCACUAUCGGGUAGCCAGACUUAGGUUUGCAAGAAAAUAUGCAAAUUGGACGCAUGACCAAUGGGGUAAAAUUUUAUGGACCGAUGAAUGCAGAGUCAUCUUAAGAGCUCCAGGCGGCCGUGAAAGUGAAUGGAGAAAGCGCGGAGAAUGGUUUCUUCCCACCACUACCAAGCAAACAGUCAGUUUUCAUGGUGGGUCCAUCUUGGUUUGGCGAGGCAUAAGUUCAGAAGCCCGUACUGAAUUAUUGGUUGUCGAAAGUAGUCUGACAACAGUGCGGUAUAUUGAAGAGAUCCUUCAAGAUCAUGUUUUACCCUGUCAGGGAUUCAUAGGAAGUGAAGAUUUUCGUAUAAUGCAGGACAAUGCUCGACCUUACACAGCUCUUUGCGUAACGGUUUACUUGUUCGAGGUCGGUAUUCAAAACUUGGACUGACCUGCAAGAAACCCAGCCAUGAAUCCUGUAGGACAUGUCUGGAACAUGCUCAAAAGACAGGUCCGAGCAAGUCCUAACCCACCACGAACUCUCAGUGAACUGAAAACCGCGCUGGUAGCUGCCUCAGAAGAGAUCUCUCAGGAGGAGAUAAAAACAUCAUCCAGAGCAUGCCAGAUCGUAUGCAGGCAGUCAUCAGAUCAAGAGGAAGAAACACCCAUUAUUAAAAUUCGAUAACUUUAUUUUUUGUUAAAAAUGUUGAAUUUACAAGUUUAGGGUGCUUAUUGCGGUAAAGGACUCUGUUAUCUAACUCAAUAAAACUUAAUGAAUAUCCUCACAAUUCUGUUGUUUGUUAGUCAUUUGCUCUUGGAAAAUGAGUAAAUUACUAAAUUUUAAAAUAAAAAUUCUAAUUUUUCAUUUAAACAAUGCUUAUAAGGCCCAAAUGUGCUUGGGCCAGAUUCCGUGCCGCUGAGUGUAUUUCUAUAGCAGUGUUCACACGGCACCGUUUUGCGGGACCGGCCUUUUACUAUUGAUCCUGCAAAACUGAACUACGUGUGAACAUAGCGUCCGUUUUUGCAGGAUCCAGUGAAAAGCCGGUCCCGCAAAACUGGACUGCCGUGUGAAAGGGUUGUAAUAGUAAAUGAAAUAACACAAGCACCUGUUUUAAACCGGUCUAUGUAUAAUCUAUCUCAGUUAUACACAAAGUAUUUUUGUAUUGUAAUAUUAACUUAGGUUUAAUGGUUUAAUAUACAUAUGUGCUACAAAAAUC